AUGAAGUCCCUCUUCACUCCGAUAUCUCACUGUUGUGCAGCAGUGCUCGGAACGAAUAUGAAAGCAAGAGUGGGUUUAAAUGUUCAGUGGUUGUUAUUAAAUUCAAUGACGACAAUUCAUACUACGUCAGGAAUUGCGACAAGAUUCUAUUCAUCAACCAUCACCAUUGGAGAAAAUAACAAAAUUGAACAGAACAAUUUUACAUCCAACCAAAAUUUGAAACAAUCAAAAUUAAUAUCAUCAUCACCUCCGAGAUCUCAUCCCAUAAGCCAAUCUACGAUACAAUAUAUAUCCAAGCAUUGGAAUACUCUCAAUUUUCUUCUUCGGUUUGAUUCUGCUUCCAUUCUUUCUCUAGCUUUGAGUCCACCAAACAUUCAAAUGUUCAAUUUUCUAAUUUGCACUUGCGUUCAGAACGGAAACCUUUCAUUGGCAAAGAAGAUAUUUUCUCAAUUUAAGCAUACUUUUACAAAAACUAACAUUGAUACAAAGUCAAAGUAUUUUCUUAAUCGAAUAAUUGUGGCCUUAUUGAAGCGGUCUCUUAAAUCGAGCGACUUUUCAAUUGAGGAAGCCGAAGAAUACUUCUCUUAUUUAGAGAAAUUGGGUUGUGUCACCAAUCGCUCACUUAUUACAAUGUUAGAAAUGUAUAGAACGGCGUUCGAGAUGGAGAAAGCAUUCAAAUUGGCAGAUAGAUAUCAUGCAAAAUUCCACAAUGACCUAUCAGGAGUUCUAGUAUCUCGAAUUAUUUUGAUUUCCUCAAAGUUAGGAAAUAAUGAAAAAAGAACUGAAUACGGAAAUAAGUAUUUGAGUUGGUUGAAUCCGAAUGCAACCAUUGAGGCGAAAUCCAUGUGCUAUGAAAAUCUCAUCGCUUGUUAUUUACAUAAUCCCCACAAAACUCUUGAAAUUCUAGUGCAUAUGGAACAAAAUCACAUGAUAAUUUCAGAUAAGGUGAAGGAAUUCUUUUUCCUACAAUAUGAAAUUAAGAAAUUGAGAAGAGAGAAUUCUGAAUCGUCGUCAUCAUCCAAAAUCUGUCUAUCAAAUAAGAACGUGACUCAUGAAACGUUCAAGAAUGAUCCUCCCUCAACUUCAUUCACCAAAUCAUCCUCCUUUGACGAAUCAGACAACCAUCAGCGCCACUCACUAGUGUCACAUAUUCUACAAAAUGAUCGCUUUUGGACAAGUUUGCACCAUUCUUCAUCGAUUAAUCCAAACACAAACAUGACUCGGCUCGGUUCAGCAAGAGUGCUGCCAGAUAAGCUCUCAUUUUCUCACUUGUUCCACAAUUUCCUUAUUUCGGUUAUCGAAAUACUAAUACUCUCAAACCACUUUCACUUUCCAAAAAACAUGUCGACCACUAUCAUGACGGACAACCAACAGCAACAGCCUCAAGACAGUCAUUUGGGUACAACUGAUCAUUCCUCUUCCACUAUUGAUAACAACCAGCACCAUGAAGAAGUAUCAUCCCCUUCUCUUCAAUUCUUAAGUGUUACAGGCUAUGGACAGACUCAUCAUUUGUCCACCAAUACAAGUUAUGCAAGUCCUUCCAGUGAUGUGUUUUCUACUCACAGCAUGGAUCCAUUAUUGUUACCAACAAGUGGAUCUUCCAAUGGUGGUACUACUGGUGCUGCUGCUACUACUACAAGUAGCACUGGAGUGAACAAUUUCAAUACUAGCACUACAACUACUACUAGACCUACUGCUCUCUCUGCAGCCAGUUUGUAUGCCUCAUGUGCUGGAUUAAAUGUACCCUUGAGAGAUACUCAUGACGACAGUGAUUCGUGUGUAACCUCACAGAGUGGUGAUGGUGAAGGAGACAAUCAGGAUAUUCCAAAUCGCAACAACCUCCAAAGAACUUCUCAAAUUCCAUCACAUCUUGCAAAUUCAAAACAUUAUGGAUCAAAUAACAAGACUACUUUCAUUUCAGAGGUCAAUGUGGUUGAACUUGAAAAUAUGCCUCAUAACAAGAGUAAUCAUGGUGACUCUAAAAGUCAUGUCCCUUCCACUGCUACUUCUGGAAAAUCACCUUCUCGUACUCAAUCCAAUACCAAUUCCAAAACAAGUAGUAGUGAACAUGGUCUCCUUAUCAAGACAUGUUGUGGAACUGUUGAACUUUCAUGUCUCAAAGUGGUUAAUGUUUUUUCCUUGUUAGUGAAUUUGGUGGCAUUCCUUGCAUUGGGUGUGAUUAUUGUGGUGAGUUAUUCAGGUGGUCAAGCAUAUAGUGCAGUCUUGGAUGGACUCGACUCUGAUACUACUGUUUAUAGACAAAUGAUGAUUGCCACAGCUCGUUCAGCUGCCUUCUGCAACUUUACAACAUCCAUUUCUAGAAACUAUUCCAUUGCGUAUUACAAGUAUUAUCAAAAGUUCUUGUCGAACAUUAAUGUCAUUCUCAAAGUAGUUCCAAAAGAAUUGCAAUAUCCAAUUGUACAUAAUUUAACAUUGAACGAAUUGAGAACUUCACAGGCAAUUGCCAUGGAACAUUUGGCUUUGAAUCAAUCAGCAUCAGGUAAUUUUCUUGCUGCCAUGAAUAUACUCGAAUCAGACAGUUACAAAUACAAUCUGGAUGGAUAUGAUAGUGAAUUUAAACCACUUGUAGAUUAUUUGAAUGAUUUAGAUGCUGAAAGAGACAAAUUUUCAAUUCUCACCACGACUUUGUCUUUGGUUGUCAUUUGUGUAUCAGUGUCCAUUGUGAUACCAGUGGUGUUAGGGUCGAUUGGCUUUUCAUUGAAGAGAGAUUCAAGUAAUUCAAAGAAGUUGAAACAAUUGAAGGCCACUCAACUUUCAGAAACCAUGAAGGAUAAAAAGUCAAGAGAACUCUUUAGAGCUCAUUGUGCUUCAGAAUACUCCUUGGAGAAUUUCAUGUUAUUGGAUAAGAUUACAGAUUAUAAGGAAUACUCUGAGAGAAGCUUCCAAAUUCAAGAAUACUUGUAUGACAAUGACCCAAGUGAAGAGACUGCCUCAACGACCACCUCAGCAAGCUCUUCUGAACAACAACCAAAGAGAAAGAAGAAGAAGGGUUUCACAGAGAAAGAUUUGAUACAAAUUGAAAAGAAGAAGUUUGAAAUUGCAUUCGAGAUUUAUAGCGAAUAUUUGGAUGUACACGGAGACAAGGCCGUGAAUAUCAACAAACAAGCUGCAGAAGCUGUGAAGGAACACUUGGACUUUUAUGCCACUGGUCAAAGCGAACACUUACCAGAUCAAUUGUUUGAUUCGAUUUAUAACGAAAUCUGUAUUCUCAUGUUGGAUUCUCAUUAUCGAUUCAUUAUGAACCAAGCAGCGAACAAACAAGCAAAGAAAGAACAAAUCAGAAAGAAAGCAAGAAAACUCAAAAUUUAG